AUGGGAGAAGGAAUAGAUCAAACAUAUCUGAUUGGUUACAAUGAGAUCACUAUUUUUGUUGCACAAAAAUCUCAAGGAUUAAAGCUGACUUCAUCUUCCAUUGAUUAUAAUCCACUUCAUUUUACUGCUGGAUAUAUAGUGAAUGUUGAUGAUACAUUCUUAGAUGUACAAGUUGUUCCUCCUCAUCAAACUGAUGUUGGUCGACAAGUUCAAGCUAUUCUCCGAUAUGAUCCUACACAGAAAAGACCUGCUUUUGGAUCUGAUACAUAUGAAAUAUAUCAAACACCACCAACAGAUAGAAAUACUACUCUUGUUGAAUCAGGAAUCAUACGUUUACCAUUGAGUUCAAGAACACAAUUUCGUAAAGGAGAUCCAGUUGUUGUUCGAUAUGGCUUCCGUGGUCAUACAAUUUACGUCGAAGAUUCAACUGAUCUUUCUGUCGAAUCAAUCACAAUUUAUACAUCAUGGGGUAUGGGUUUUUUCAUUGUUAGAGCAAGACAUUUACAAGUAAAAAAUUCUGAUGUAUUUAUAAAUUUUGAUGUGGGAACAAAUUUAGAAUUUAGUAGUAAUCAAGAACCAUUUGUUGUGCAUGGAAAUGGAUUAGUUGCAUCGAUUUCAUCGACGAAUUCAAGUGAUUCGAGAAAAAUUUCUUUUACAAAUCCAGUUAAUGUUAAUGUUAAUGAUUGGGCAUGUGGUACUGACACACCUUUACUUACAAUACGAAAUUUUACCGUAGUAAAUAAUCGUGCUCGUGGUGUUCUUUUGGAAACACGUAAUAUUGAUAUAAGACAAUCAUUAUUCUAUCGUACCAGUGGACCUGCUGUUCUUAUUCAACCAUCAAUGUAUUGGCAUGAAGGUCCCGAAGCUCGAAAUGUUUCAUUGAUUGGUAAUAUUUAUAUGGAAAAUAAUGAAGGUAUUGCACAAGGAAAAGGUGUUAUAACUAUUUUACCUGAUCCAGUUGAUCUGAUUCCUAUUAUUAAUGACAUUCGAAUCGAAUCAUCAUCAUUCUACCUUGGGUUAUCAAGUCAAGGACUUUUACAAAGUGAUAAUAUGAAUAGUUUGCAUCUUACAGGCAAUUAUAUUGCUACAAACAUGUCAACACCACUUAUAAGUAUUUGUAAUAGUCGAAAUAUCUAA